AUCUGUUUCCCUUUUUUUUCUUUUUCCUCUCUCUAUAAACUCUGGGCGUAUACUUCUUUUUCGUCUCUGCUUUUAAUAACAUCCCCGCUUUUUUUCAACGUAUUUUUCCAUGGCGCUAUUCGCAAACGCCAGUGAUUUAAAGGUGCAUUAUGAACGACCUACGCCCAAACUUGCAUCCUGUAAUUUCGUAGCGUCGGCAAGGUCGUCCGAAGCACUCGCGCAAUCAGGCCAUUUGGCAGUUUCAGCACCUUCACAAAUCAUGGGCCGUUUCCAACUAUUGAAAUCGCUGUGUCAUGAAAAUUUAUGCGAGUAUGUAGAAAUUCACCGAGGCAAACAUGAUAGACUGUUCGUUGUCAACGAAUAUCAUGAUAACUCCCUACAAAAGACGCGUAGCGUUAAAGCAGAGACAUCGGUCAGUAUAAAUCUUUUACAGCGGUAUGCCUGCGAGAUGUUCGGUGCCCUGUCCUACUUGGAGCAGAACAAUGUUGUUCAUGCUGCACUAUCACCUCAAAAUGUGCUGCUGGAUGAACAAGAUCGAAUAAAACUUUCGGGCUAUGGACUGUAUUAUAUGACGGGCCAUGGUGUAGAUGUUGAUUUUCCUAUUGGAUAUCCAGGCUAUUUGGCCCCUGAGUGUGUCCUAGACGACGAGGGUGCUGAGUCAUCUGGCUACGACAAGCGAGAUUGCUGGGCAGUGGGUAUCAUUCUGGUCGAACAGUUUUGCCGGAACACCUUCUGGACAACAUCGGAUGUUGGAUUGAUCUUUGAUACGCUGAGCACGCUAGCAGAUUGGGCAAAGGAAAACGAAGAAGAUAGCAGCAAUAGCGUGUGGUACCACCAAGGGAUUGAGUCGCUAGAUAUCAACAAGGACGUUCUCAGCUUUUUACAAGGCAACAACGUUAGCGACAGUGGCGACAGCGUCAACGCUAAAGCAGAAAUUGAGGCGUUUAGAGAACUCAUACUGAUGUGUCUCCAAGUUUCACAUACUCAGCGACCCUAUUAUCACCAAAUCCUUGCCUUACCAUUCUUGAGCAGUAGCAGCAAGAAGAACAAAAUGAAAGGCCAUGAUUGGGUUCAAGGACCGAUUCUUGCAUCUCAAGAUCUGCAGCCCGACGAAACGGAUAUCGAUCGGCCAACAACACCGAUGAAAAAGCAACCACCAAGCGAUCCAUUAGCAGACCUUCCACUCUCCCAUAUAUACCAUCUUUGGCGAUUAGCAGGUGGCGAUGUUGAGGUCAACCUUGUCAAACGAGGUGUGUUUUUAUCUGUACCAGUCAUCGAAAGACUUCCACGCGUUUGCUUUAUCGAGGAUGCAGAAGAAAUCGGGCCUGUCAUGGUGGACACGACACAGCUAUACUCGGAUACGAUGCAUAUUCUCAGUUUCAAGGAACUAUACCAACGCCUCGAACAACAGGAACAGCGACACUCGGAACGCUUUGAAUGGGAUGCGGAUUAUUUCAACGUCGUUGACGAAAACGAUGUAAAUUUCUUACUUAAAGAAACGGACAAGUUUGACAAUUUAAACAAUAACGAGGGCGAAAACGAAGAUUUUGUUUUUGACGAUGAAAUAUCAUCACCUCAUUCAGCAGUAACAAUCGGUAAUGGACCACCCAGUAGUGCUGCACUUAUUUCAAUAACUACGCCUACAACGCCAUCCACGAGUCGGUCCUUGAACCGCACGUUUUCUUUGAGUAGCAUGAACCGUUCACGUUCAUCGUCUUCAAUUUCGGUCGGUACGCCAGCAGCAGCACCGUCGACACCCACACAGUCAUCCAUUCCUCGACGUCCUUUAUCGCUUCGUGAACAAGACGUAAAUUACCAAUACCAUCGUCAGCGAUUGUUUGCUGAACUGUUGAGACAAUACCCUGCUUCGCAAAAGGAGAUCCUGCACCAUGCCAAGGUGGAUAUCCCUCCACUAUUACGGAAUAAGAUAUGGGCCGCCAUAUUGGAUGUUCAUGGCGAUGUAGAAACUGAAUAUCAGCGUAUCGACAAAUAUAACGAUAUAGCUUCCGAUCGCCAGAUUGAUGUGGACGUACCGCGAUGUCACCAGUACAAUCAGCUCCUGGCAUCAUCUGCUGGCCAUGAGAAGCUACGCCGGUUAUUAAAGUCCUGGGUAUCAUCAAAUAAGAAGUGGGUGUAUUGGCAAGGCCUCGACUCGCUUUGCGCACCAUUUCUUACACUCAACUUUAACGAUGAAGCUUUAGCCUUUGCCUGUCUUCAAAAAUUUAUUCUAAAGUUCCUCAAUAACUUUUUUCUCAGAGACAAUUCGGCUGUCCUGCAAGAUUACUUUGCAGUGUUCCGACAUGUCCUUAGUUUCCAUGAUCCUGAAUUAUCUGCACAUAUUGACGCCAUUGGUUUCGUUCCUGACCUGUACGCGAUUCGAUGGUUUUUGACACUGUUCACUCAUGUAUUUCCAUUGGACAAAGUAUAUCACUUGUGGGACAAAUUUAUGGUGGGCCCACCAUCACUUCCACUGUUUGUCGGUGUUGCUAUUUUGCGACAGAUCCGAGACGAGUUGUUGAAAUAUGAGUUCAACGGAUGCAUUUCGUUGUUUUCUGAACAUUUCCCAAAGAUUGAUAUUGAAGGGUGUAUUCAGAGUGCAAUGAAAAUGUGCAAAGUGACCCCACCAAGUGUUGUAUCAUUACGGCCUGUUGCACCAUUAUCUGAUAAAGAGGGACAGCAAUGGUGGGAGAAACCGCUUCCAAUUGAUGUUCGAAAGCAAGAGCUCGCUCCUCGGAUAGAUAUUGCCGAUUUCCCCAGAAUCUCACCGUAUACACUUGUACUGGAUAUCCGUUCCGACCAUGAAUUUGUGAACGGCCAUCUUGCUUCGUCCAUGAACGUCCAGCCUAGCCAGCUGCACAGCUAUGCUUCCAUAUUACGGAAACUGAAUCGUAAAUACCACGUCAUAGUAGCGGAUGAUAGUGAAAAGCAAGGUCCUGAGUUUGCUGCACAACUCGUACAGAACCAUCAUUUCCCUCGAACAGCGGUACUACAAGGAGGCAUUGAAGCAGCAGAAUGGCACUAUAACUCAUUAGGUAACGGACGGCUUUGCACGUGCCGGCCACAAAAACAAACCACUGCAGGAUAUAAGGGCAAAGGAUCCGAACCACCCUUUGUCAUUUGGCGAUGCAAAGUGCCUACUCCACUAUCCAAACGAUGAUAUAAUUAUACACACACACACACACAAAACACCAAGAUCGCCUGCAAAGAAUAAUAAAGCGAAAAGAAUUGUCUUGAUUCCAAGAGGAAUAUUGUUUGUCUAUGUACAUUUGCUU